AUGGCUGCCGCCACCACUACUGACGAAAGGGACGGCAAGUUGACUGGCUUGAUCAAAACGAUGCUAGAACGUGUGCCUAAGGAAAAACGAUUAACGGUGGAUGUUGUAUUACAACUGCUGGGCACGAAGUACGCAACCAUUUUUCCUGCAGAAUAUCUCUCCCAAAAGAGGCAACUUCUCGCUGAUAUCAUUCAAUCUUUCUAUAACCCAGAAAACAGCAACGCCGAAAAGCAAGAUAAAGAGCAAGAAGAUAGCGAUGAUGACGAUGAUGAUGAUGAUGAUGAAGAAGAAGAGGAGGGGGAGGAAGAAGAGGAUGAAGAAGAAGAAGAUGAUGAUGAUGGAGAGGACGAGGAGGAAGAAGAUGAUGAUGAUGAGGAAGAAGAAGAAGAAGCCGACGGCGAGCCUGCGGAGAAGCGACUGCGGGUGGAGGGCGACGGGGCGGUGGCGCUGCGCUGCCGCGAGAUGAUCGUCUGUCUUCGCCGACUUGGGCACCGCGUGCGGCCGCAGGAGGCGGCGGAGUCGGCCGAGUCGUACCUGCAGGAAUGUCUCAUCCCGCUCUUCAGAGAGAAGGGCCUCGACCCCGAGCGGUACGCCGCAGCCGACGUGAAGCGCUAUCUUGUCAAACGGGAACUCGAGCUGCUGCAGUCUGAUGGCGCCGAUAUAACCCUCGAUCGCAGCGCUCGUGCAGGGCGUGGUGUGAACCGUUUCGCACAGAAGAAUGACAAUGGGACCGUCAAUGUGAAGACGUCCAAGUUCCUAGAUGACGAAUAA